AUGAAGGUGACUCUCUUCACAUUGGCCACCCUCCUGGCUGGGACUUCCGCAAGGCCUCAAGCCGAGGGCGGAGCUGCGCCUGAUCCGGCUCCGGCUCCGGCUCCUGCUCCUGUGGUGGACCCCAUCUCCUCCGUCGCGGUCGAGAUCAUCACCGUGACCGCUGCAGGUCCGGCGCCGACCACCCCGAUCUCCAACCAACCCGUACCGGAGCCUGCACCUCCCGCGCCUCCCGUGUCACAGUGGCUUCCUGCACCUCUGCCCAGCAUUCCGGUCAACCCAGACGGCCCCGUGCCCACCCCGCCCAGCCCCGUCCCCGACCCGGACCCCACCGCCGGCGGCGCCAACUGCGUCUGCGGCGCGACCUACUGCGGCAAGGUCCUCGUCGGUUUCCAAGGCUACACCACCGAGGCUCUCGGGACAAGCUACUGCGCCACCCCGAACUCCAACUGCGCCUUGCCCCCGUCCCCGGACUCCCUCGAGAACACCCUCUUCGUCUGCAUCUGCAACCCGGGCGAGAAGAAGGGCAGCCAGAUCGAGCUCCUCUGCCCCUGCCAGGGCCGCUGCAAGAACGACGAGCCCGACUUCAUCGGCCGCUGCGAGACCCCCUGCAACCUCGGCUGCGCCCCGGCCGCCUCCGCCGCCCCGGUCCCGCUUCCGGAGCCCGUCCCGGUUGCCCCGGCUCCUCCCGCCAAGAAGGGCAGACAUCUGUGA